UUAAGGGUGCCAGGGAGAGAGAGAAAGGUUUCCACAAAUUUUUUGGUACACUUCAGCAGCUAAGUGACUGGGCAGCACAGUGAAAGGCUUCCCUAACUCUUGUCCUCUUAUGGGAUGAAACUGAGGGCCUAAGAAAAUGGCACCAUUAACUGAAAAGUCUGAUUCAAGAGAUAAACAAAAUCCAGAAGUGAAAAAGGCAAUUCCUUCCACCACAAUGAGCUCUGAACGUGAAGAAGUUGAUGUUGCAAAAACUGUUGUCAAUGGGCUGAGCAGCAAUGGACAAGAAAAAGCUGUUGACGUCCCUUUAUACACACGCUCUAUUUCUGCCGUUACAAUAAUCCCUGUGAAGAAAGUGAAAAGUUCUCCUCACCUAGUGCUGCCUACAGAAACAGAUCCCACUAAAAUCUGCAGCGGAAAAGGAGCUGUGACUCUCUGGGCGUCUUCAGCCUCUGAAGAGAAUCAGAAAAUCUUUUCACCAUAUCCUCCUCAGGAUGCUGAGAAACCUGAGAGUCUGGAGCCAGAAAACACAGAAGCAGAUGACUGGAGAUCAUCACCCAACACUGAUGCCAACGGGGAUGCCCAACCAUCUUCUCUGGCUGCCAAGGGUUAUAGGAGUGUGCGUCCAAACCUUUCCUCAGACAGCAAGCCACAGGCCCUUCCUCCUCCCCGUCCUCCUCUCCCCAAAGAGGAAAGCUUUGCAUGGCGUCCUCGCACUGACACUAAAACAACCAACCUGCUGCCAGUGCCCAUUAUGGACUGCGUGUACCUGAACGCACCCAAGCCUUCUGCUCAGCGUGCAUCACUAAAUGCCAGUGCACGGUGUUACUUCUCAUCACCCACCCCCUAUGGGUCAGUCCCCAGCGGGAAGCAAGGCUUGCCAGCAGGGCAUUUUCCUUCAGGUCCCAGAGAUAUGGUGCAUGUUGGGCAGCCACUCUUGGAAAGUAGCUCCUCAUCAAAUGCAUCAUCCUUACAACACAACCCUGACAGGGCAGAUCCCAGUAGUAAGGCUGGAAUGAAUUCCAGUCAUGAGACGAAGGCGGAUAAAAAGGUCAGCAAACUAUAUGUAGCUUGUUUAUCUAACAACACUUGCUCGGCCACGUCUGAAAAUUCCACUGGCACCACACAUGACCCAUCAGCCAGCACCAGUUUGGGAGCUGAGGUCACUCAGGCACCAGCCACCGAUAUUGUUUUCUCUGCAACGGGAAAAGCUCUUCCUGCUCCUCCUCCUCCUCCUAUUCCUCCCAGGCCGUACUUUUACAUUGUCCUCAAUAAAGACGCAGUUAGUUCUGAUCUGGGCCAGCCCUCCUGGACUCAGUCGUCACCUCCGCAAGCUUUGAGGGACAGAGUGCUAGAGCCCCAGAGCACAGCUGCCACAGAGGACAGAAUGAGAAAAGAGCCUUACCUUACCCAGCAGCGGCGGCCGCCAUACAAGGCAGUGGGACGCAGCAUGGAUGGCACUGCCACUACAACUCAGCCUGGGGUUAUAGUAGUCCCCCUUGUCCAGAUUAAUCCAGACAGACAGCAAGAAGGCAGCUCCAGCACUCCUCCACCGCCUCUGGUUCCUUUUGGGCAAGGCUCCGUAUUCCCUGAGACUGUUCCUCCUGGCACACCCUUGACUUUUCCGACUUUAGAUGAUUUCAUUCCCCCACAUCUCCAGAGGGGUUCCCACCAUAACCAAGCACCCUCUGCGUCUGGCACAUCACCCUCUGUUUACCCGAAACUUCCAUUCUUCUCAACACCACCUUCACUUGUACCUCCGGUUACGGGGGCUUUGCACAGGGGUUUGAAGCCUGAAAUCACUGGAGUCACCUCACGUACAGAUGCAGCUCCUGUACUAAAUGAAGUGACCCAGCCUAGCAGUGGCACUGACUAUCCAACUUCCUUCACGUCAAUCAACAAGUCAUCUUCUGCCUAUCCCUCUACCACAAUUGUCAAUCCCACUAUUGUACUCUUGCAGCACAAUCGAGAACAGCAAAAAAGGCUUAGUAGCUUGGCAGAUUCAGUUCCGGACAGACUAGCUUCAGAUAAAGUAGAUUUGGCAUUCACACAAGUCAAACCAGUCCAGGAACCAGUGCUGAGUGACAGGAGGGUACUGGAGGAAAAGAGAAGAACUGUCAAGAGCCCUCAGCACAUGGCUGAUACUUCUGUUGAUGACAUUGGCAUUCCACUGAGGAAUACGGACAGAUCGAAGGACUGGUACAAGACAAUGUUCAAACAGAUACACAAGCUAAACAGAGACACUCCUGAAGAAAAUCCUUAUUGCCCUACCUACAUAUUUCCCGAACUUCCUGAAAUCCAGCAAAAACCUGAAGAAGACAAUCCUUAUUCUCCUACAUACCAGUUUCCUGCGUCUACUCCUAGCCCUAUCUCUGAAGAUGAAGAUUCUGAUUCAUACUCUCCUCGUUAUUCCUAUUGUGAAGACACCAGAAGCCAGCCUUCAGUUCCUCGCUCCAAGAGUGAGAUGGACCAUAUUGACUCAGAGAAGGUGUUUAAGAGGUCUGCCACUUUGCCCCUACCAAACCGCACUUCGUCGCUGAAAUCGAGCCCAGAAAGGACAGACUGGGAGCCUCCAGACAAGAAGGUGGACACAAGAAAAUACCGUGCAGAGCCCAGGAGCAUUUAUGACUAUCAGCCAGGAAAGUCCUCAGUUCUGAACAGUGAAAAGAUGACUCGGGAUAUAAGCCCAGAAGAGAUAGAUUUAAAGAAUGAACCUUGGUAUAAAUUCUUUUCGGAAUUGGAGUUUGGGAAACCGCCAUUUGUUCACAUGCCUCCAAAAAAGAUUUGGGAUUAUACUCCUGGAGAUUGCUCUAUCCUUACUAGAGAGGAUAGAAAGAGUGAUCUAGAAAAAGACCUCUACCUCUACCAGACUGAGUUAGAGGCAGAUUUAGAAAAAAUGGAGAAGCUUUAUAAAGCGCCACAUAAAAAGCCACAGAAGAAUACAGCAGGUGUUUCUCCUCUGGAAACUUCCACAGACCAUUCUUCCUACUCCACGUAUUCACCCAACUACCACUCAGCGAAGAGGGAUUCAGAACCAGCACUGGGGGACUUUGCUGGCUUGGAGAAUGAGAGACAGAUUUACAAGAGUGUGCUGGAAGGUGGAGAUAUCCCGUUCCAGGGGCUGAGCGGUCUCAAGCGUCCUUCUAGCUCUGCUUCCACAAAAGUGGAUCGUAAAGGUGGGAAUGCUCAUAUGACUGCACCCUCUUCAGUUAAUAGCCGAACCUUUAACGCUAGUCAUACCGGUAUGUUAGGUCAAGCAUGUAAACAUAAGAAGCCCUUAUCAGCUGCAAAAGCCUGCAUUACUGAAAUCCUCCCUUCCAAAUUCAAACCCAAGCUAGCAGCUCCAGCUGCUCUUGAGCAGGACAAGAAGGGUAUCUUGCUGUCUCAUGAGAAAGCUCAAAGCUGCGAAAACCUUCGUAGCUCCAUUGCCUUGUUCGAUAAUAAAAAAUCUUUUAUGGUAGACGUAGGGGAAAGCAUAGAAAACAUGUUGAUGAAGUCGAAGCAGGAAUAUGCCAUCAAGUCUGGCAGUACCAUGAGCCUACAGGAAUAUGGCACCAACUCUAGGAAAGGCUACCUGUUCCCUGCCUCCAGGAAGAGCGGAAUGGAGUUUACAAUGCUGUAUAAAGAUAUGCACCAGAUCAACCGGUCCAGGAUCCAGUUGGGCACAGUCUCCUCCUGCAGUGUGAGGGAUAUCGCAUCUCAAUUUGAGAAUGAAGCAAAGGAUAGAAUGGAACACAGCCUUAGUCGAGAGGAUUCAGAGCAGAUCCCCAAAGACACUGUUUCCUCCCGUAUCAGUGCCUUUGAGCAGCUCAUCCAGAGAUCCCGAUCGAUGCCUGCACUUGACUUUACCACUGGACAAAGCAAGUUCACCACUUCUCUCCAGUCUAAAGCUUGUCUAGGUUCUGCCUACUCUGCAGAGAUUCUUCUGGAUUUGCCAAAAAUAAACCAAGAAGGGAAGGAUGCUGCCAGCUUGGCAGACAAAUCCUCCCGUUCCUGCAGCAAUGUGGAGGACACAGCUUCAGAUGUCAGUGAUGCCAUCCCUAUGGACACACUUUCAGGUUGCACAGAUGAGAUAGAUCUUCUCUCAAAUGCGUCUAAUGACAGUGGCGGCAGCAGCAGCAACAUCAAUGGGCCUCAGAAGCAUAAAAUCAACAGAUGCAAAGGCACAUGCCCAGCUUCCUACACCAGGUUCACUACUAUCCGAAGGCAUGAACAGCAGCAAUCCUCAAGGAGCACUGAUUCCAAAGGAAUCUAUGGGGACAAACACACACUUCCCAGAAAUGUCUACCUAAUGAGCCCACUCCCCUUCCGAGUGAAAAAGCCAUUCCAGCACAAGUCCAGCAGGACUCCACCCCCAGAUUGCCCAGGAGCCCUGGCAGUGCCCAGCCCUGAGAACCCAGAUGACCCCAUACAGCUGCAGGGGAGUGUAGGAGACAAGAGCCAUCACUCCCAGCAUGAGCUGUGCUCCAGAAGCAGGCCUCUAGCCCCCAGGCGCCUGUCUUCCUUUGACAUUUUGGAGAGGCUUAGCUACUUCCCCAGCAUGGGAUCUAGCCGAGAUAGCUCCAUGGGCCGCUCUGACACUCCUGACUCCUUACACAAUGGGAACCCAGUUCCAUAUGCCCUCUAUCACAGCUUGGACACAAACAACAACCCGCAAAGUGAACUUGGGACGUACCUAGGAGAUUCAGAAUCACCAAGGCAUUUUGCACCAGUUGAUUACAUGGAAACUCCAGAAGAAAUUAUCCGCAGACGUUAUGAUGAUAAAGAGAAACUUUUAGAGGACCAGAGACGGCUUAAACGUGAGCAAGAAGAAGCUGAUAUUGCAGCUAGAAGGCACACAGGGGUCAUUCCAACGCACCAUCAGUUUAUCACUAAUGAGCGAUUUGGGGACCUCCUAAAUGUAGACGAUACAGCAAAGAGGAAAUCUGGGUCAGAGAUGAGACCUGCUAGAGCCAAGUUUGACUUCAAAGCACAGACUCUGAAGGAACUUCCUCUGCAAAAAGGAGAUAUUGUUUACAUUUACAAGCAGAUUGACCAGAACUGGUAUGAAGGUGAACACCAUGGCAGAGUUGGCAUCUUCCCACGAUCCUACAUUGAGCUCCUCCCACCAGCCGAGAAAGCUCAACCCAAAAAGCCAUUGCCAUUGCAAGUGUUGGAAUAUGGAGAUGCUAUUGCUAAGUUCAACUUCAAUGGCGAUACACAAGUGGAAAUGUCCUUCAGAAAGGGUGAAAGGAUCACAUUGAUUCGACGAGUGGAUGAGAACUGGUAUGAAGGAAGAAUCUCUGGCACCAGUCGCCAAGGCAUCUUCCCUGUAACCUAUGUGGAAGUGCUCAAACGGCCAGUGGUCAAGAAUGCCAUUGAUUAUCCAGACCCACCUGUGUCACUCUCCCCUAACCGCAGUGUGACAGCUUCACCACAGCAACCUCAAGCACAGCAGCAAGGAGCCAGCCCUGACAGAAGUCAAACACCACGAGACUUACUUACCUACCAAGCUCUAUACAGCUACACUCCUCAGAACGAUGAUGAGCUGGAACUGAGGGACGGUGAUAUUGUUGAUGUCAUGGAGAAAUGUGAUGAUGGCUGGUUUGUGGGUACAUCCAGGAGAACAAGGCAAUUCGGCACCUUCCCAGGCAACUAUGUGAAGCUUCUGUACUUGUAAAGUAACAGUAAUCCCACAGUGACAGAGAUGGAGCUGUUUUGCAGAUGGUGUUUCUAAACAAUGAAGAAAGAGACUAUUUAUGAAUGUAAUAGACAAGAAAUGAAAAGUGUUAGGAGGAUGUGGUUAUGUGGUACAGUAUUGAGUUGAAUGUGUAGCCCUGCUUCCACUGAUUCAGGGUAUGAUUUGUUUGCUGAAGAAGAGACAGUUUCUAGUUUACAGUGCUGCCUUUGUGUAUUCCUCUCCCCUCCCCAGCAAGAGUUCUGGUGAACCUUAAUUCAUAUGGAGUACUUUACUUCUGAGAAGGCUUCAGGGAAGCAGAAGGUAUAGGUUUUGUUUGUGUGUUAAGAUAUGAUAGUACUUUCAGAAAGUACGUGGCCUUGCAGCUGCUCCUUUCACUGGUGAGGUCAGGGAGGCCAGGCUUCCUGCCUUGUUGAAGACUUACUGUGCUCUGCCUUCCACUCCCAUAGAACUCCCUUCCUUCAUGCCACGCACCUUAAGAUCCCGCAUGGGCAGAGGAUGGCCAAUGUGGUUAAACUGCAGAACUCUGUAGAGAAGGAGUGUGGGACCGCUAGUUUAAUCCAGAGAGGUCAGCCAAAAUGUACUGCAGACACGCAAAAAGCCCAAACCCUUUCUUAACACAUUACCCACUUCUGCAAGGUUUUUUUCUUUGGUGCAGGGUGUGUGUGUGUGUGUGUGUGUGAGUGCACCGUGUGCAGCAAAACAAACAGAGUCGUGUUUUUUUAAAGAGAAAUCAACCUGGCUUUGACAUUUAUCUGCACAAAGAAUAAAACCAAUAAACAAAACAUCCAUGAGAGCAAAUCCUGUUCAUGAAUCCUACAGUUGUUCACUUUCUCUGCUCCCUCUGGUUGGCCUGAAAGGAUUUGAAGCAUUCUCUUUAGGAUGAAGGCUUUGCUUCUCUCCCACAAUUAAAUGUCAGAGGCUCUGAUAAUUCUGAGCAACACGCCAUUGAAGGUGCCUUUUUUUGUUGUUCUUACAGUGUAGAUGGUAGAUCCAAUAAACACCUGCAUUUUGGCUGGCCCUUAUUCCAACAAAAAAGUCUGCUUGGUUUGGAAAGCCUUGUUUCCAGCAGUUAUUACCAGUCAUAGAGAUUUGUAUUUCUUUGGGAAAGAAAUGUGGCUUGCUUGUAAAUCCACUACGAAUUACUCUUUUGAUAGACAUUUUGUUAUUAAGAAGUAUAAACAAAACCGGUUCUAUCAGACUCUGCUUCCUACAGUUACCAUACAAAUAGCAAAAGGUUAGAUUGCUAUUUUGUCAUAAGCCGUAUUUAAUAAUAUAAAAUGCCUAUUUUUAUGCUGAUGCUUUUAUACAGAUUUAUUAAGAGUAACUACAACUAACUGUUAGCACGACUUGCAAUAUGUUUUGAUAAACUAGCCAUGUUCCUGGGUUUGAAAUCAAGUAGGCUUGUCUUCCGCCUCUGUCUGCGGAGGAGAAGACUUGGUGUCUCAGAAGUUUGACUGUAAAUAUGUAUAUUUAACUUUGUACAGACAAUGUACUUACCUUGUAUAGAAAAAUAAUUUAAACGCAUUGAGCGAAGGGAGGAAAAGAAAGGCAGUUGUCAGAGGUUGGGAGUUUAUUCCACUUUUAUUUAAACGAUGGAAUUUCGUGUGUGUUCAUAUAAAGAGUUUUAGCACAAAAUAUCCACUAUGAAAGAGUUUCAGAUACGACACAAAGCACCACUGUCUCUUUUCAAUAGGAGAUAUCAUUAAUCCUGCAUCUUAUUUAUGGUUUUUUUCUGCUUUGUUUUUUUCUUCCAGUUAUUCGCAGCAAUAUGUAGGCCUGUUGCUAAGAUUGGAUAGCACCAAAUUAAUCUAUCCAGCAAAGUAACACAAUAAGACUGAAUGUAUAUAACCUACUCAUAUAAAGGUUUAAUUUCUGUUCUAGCUCUUGCCUUUUUAAGUCUCACACACACACACACACAUACACACACACACAUCACAACUUAUUUUUGUGUUGAUUUUUGUUCCUUAUUGCAGUGGAUUACUAUUCGGCAAUUAAUAAAUGGAAGUAUUGAAUUAC